AUACAGGAGAGGAGGAGGAAGAGGAGGAGACUCUUAAAGGACCAGCGGAGACUGAAGAACGAAAACACACGAACAUGAUGAUCAUUCAAGAUCUGUUAUUUUGAAAUCGAAAGCGAGGCUCCGGUGGGAAGGAAACCGGAAGUGCCACCUUUAAUUAUAGAUUUAGCUUUGAAUGAAUCCUUCAGAAAACUUGAUAUUGAAGUGAUGUUGAAGAUGAAGAUGAAGAUGGCGUCAGGGAUGCUGAGACGUACCUAUGCAGGACUCCAAGAAAACGACUCCGGUCACCAUGAAGAUGGACCCCAAGGGCUUCUACCUGUACUGGGUCAACCAGAGCAAGGAAACAGAGUUUCUGGACAUCUCCACCAUCAGGGACACGAGAGCAGGAAAAUAUGCCAAAGCCCCGAAACAUCCAAAAGUUCGUAAUGUGUUCAACAUGGACUUCCCUGACAGUCAUCAUCUGGCCAAAGCGCUGACCAUCGUCACCGGCCCCGACACCGUCAACCUCGCGUACCACAACUUCUUUGCUGCCAAAGAAGUGGCCCAGGUGUGGGCGGACGACAUCCUGGCCAUCGCGUACAACACACUGAGAGCGAACGCCAGCAGACAUCUGUACCUGGAGAAAGUGUAUGUUCGGCUCUCAUUGCAAACCAACAAAGAUGGAAAGAUCCCUGUUAAAAAUAUCUUUAAGAUGUUUCCUGCAGACAAGAAAAGAGUGGAAGCUGCUUUGACUGCGGCAAACCUCCCCAAGGGAAAGUUUGACAGCAUUAAGUCGGAGGUGUUCACCGAGGCGGCGUUCAAGGCCUUCCUGAUGAAUCUCUGUCCCAGACCUGAAAUCAAUGAAAUCUUCACGUCCUUCACCAAAGGAAAGGGCUUCAUGACGAAGGAGAUGAUGACGAAGUUCCUGAAUGAGAAACAACGAGACUGCCGCCUCAACGAAGAGCUGUUUCCUCUCAUCAGAACCGAGCAGGUCAAGACCCUCAUCGAGAAAUACGAGCCGAGCUCGUCCAACGCCAGCCGUGGUCAGAUUUCUCCUGAAGGUUUGAUGUUUUAUCUGAUGGGAUCUGAAACAUCCGUGGUGAAGCAGGACAAACUGGCCCAGAGUCACGACAUGACUCAACCUCUGCCACAUUACUACGUCAAGUCCUCCCACAACACCUAUCUCACAGCCGGGCAGCUGACGGGCGUCUCGUCCCCGGAGAUGUACCGCCAGUGUCUCCUCGCCGGCUGCCGCUGUCUGGAGCUCGACUGCUGGAAGGGCAAACCACCCGAUGAAGAGCCAAUCAUCACGCACGGCUUCACCAUGACAACCGAGAUCCUGUUCAAGGACGUGAUUGAAGCCAUCGCUGAGAGUGCCUUCAAAACAUCCAAGUACCCUGUUGUGCUUUCCUUUGAGAACCACGUCGAUUCAGUGAAGCAGCAGGAGAAGAUGGCAAACUACUGCAGAACUAUCUUCGGAGACGCUCUGCUCGUCGAUUUACUGGACAAAUAUCCUCUCAAGCCGGGUCACCCGAUCCCGAGUCCGUCUGAGCUGAUGGGUAAAAUACUGAUCAAGAAUAAGAAGAGCAGCGCACCUCCGAGCAAACCAGAACAGGCAAAGAAACCGCCUGCUCAAGAACAAACUAAUGACGCUGCAGAUGCUGAGUCCAACCAAACCACGGAUCCGAACCAGCCCACGGAUCCGAACCAGCCCACGGAUCCAACCCAACCUGCUCCGGCCAACCCAGAAGGCACCGACGCUCCUCAGGCCACCGUAGAGCCUGAAGAACAUGAUGACCACGAUGAACAGGACGAAGAGAAGAUGAAGAACUCCGAUGAGGGUACCGCUGGACAGGAAGUGACAGCGUACGAGGAGAUGUCCGCCCUGGUCAACUACGUACAGCCCAACAAAUUCAUCUCUUUUGAGAACGCAAUCAAGAAAAACAGGAGUUAUGUCAUCUCGUCCUUCGUGGAAACCAAAGGAGAGAGUUUGAUCGCCAAGAACGCUGUGGACUGGGUGGAAUAUAAUAAGAGGCAGAUGAGCCGUAUUUACCCUAAAGGAACCCGUGUGGACUCUUCAAACUACAGUCCUCAGCCCUUCUGGAGCGCCGGCUGUCAGUUCGUGGCGCUCAACUACCAGACUAUGGAUUUCCCCAUGCAGCUGAACAUGGCUCUGUUCGAGUUUAACGGCAGGACGGGUUACUUGCUCAAACACGACGUGGUGCGCCGGAGCGACAAGAAGUUCGAUCCCUUCACUGACAGGAUCGACACCGUCAUCGCCAGCACUCUCACUAUUAAGAUUUACUCCGGUCAGUUCCUGUCGGAUAAGAAUGUAAAAACCGGAGUGGAGGUCGAGCUCAUCGGCCUGCCCAAAGAUCCCAAACGCAAAUUCCGCACCAAAUGGAGUCCCACACCCAACGCCAUCAACCCGGAGUGGAACGAGGAGCCGUUCGUCUUCGAGAAGAUCUUGCUGCCGGAGAUGGCCUACCUUCGGCUCGUGGUUCAGGAGGAGGGCGGGAAGUUCUUAGGCCACCGGAUCAUCCCUCUGGACGCUCUUCAGACAGGUUUCCAGCACAUCUGUCUGCGCAGUGAGAGCAACAUGCCUCUCACACUGCCGUCCGUGUUUGUGCACAUCGAGGUGAAGGACUACAUCCCGGCUGCGUUCGCUGAUUUCUCAGAUGCACUUUUCAAUCCAGUGAAGACGACAAAGCCACCGAAGACAGAGAGUUUAACAUACGUGUGUGAAUAUGAGUUACCUGUCGCUGACGGGGUCCAGAAGUCCGUCACUCCAGCUGUAGAGAAACCAGUAGAGGGCGACGUCGCUCCUCCAGCUGAGGCUCCCAGUGAAAAGCCUGAAGAGAAUCCCACUGCGACUCCAGCUCCAGAACCACCUAAACCAGAACCAGAACCUCAACCUGAACCAGAACCUAAACCGGAACCUGAACCCGAACCCAAACCAGAAGAAAAAGCAGAACCAGAGCCGGAACCAGAAUCGACACCAGAAGAAAAUCCGGAUCCAGAACCUGCUGAAGAUCCAGAUAAUGUUGUCACGGAGACCAAAGAGUCCAGCGAGGAAACCCCUUCUGAUCCCUCAGAUCCCUCCACUGUGACCUGUGAAGAGCUGCAGCAGCACAAGAACUUCCUGAAGGUCACCAAGAAACAAGAGAAAGACCUGAAGGACAUGGAGAAGAAGUUUCAGAAGAAACGAGAAGAACUCCUUCAGAAAUACAGCGACCAGUUCAAAGCGCUGAAGAAGAAGAGCACAGCCAAGAAGUCUGGAGCUGAAGGAGCAGACGCAGGAGAUCAGAUGAAUGAACUGAAGCAGAAGCUGAAGUCAGAGCUCAGAGCGCUGCUGGUGGAGUAUCACGAUCAGCUCAAGAAGAAGAAAGAGCAACACAACACCGAGCGUUUGACCAAACUCCUGGAAACAGCCACUGAGAAGCACUCCAGUGAGAUGAAGGCACUCAACAGUGAGCCCAGGAAGAAAGACAAACUGAAGAAAUCCAAGAGCACAGAGCAGCUUGACAACGAUAACGCUCCGUCGGCAGAGUCCAGCAGCGCUGACGGUUCUCCUCAAGAGCAGAGUCUGAAGAAGAGACAGGCCGCGACGCUCGCCAACAUCAGACAGCUGAUCAGUCAGCUCAAUAAAGACGCUGUGGCCGAACACGCUAAGAGGAUGUGGUCUCUGCCCGGCGACCUUUCCGAGGCCGUGAACUCCUGCGUGAAGCCUCAUUUCCCGGAGCACGUGGACAAGGCCGGCGAGAACCGGCCCGAACAAGCGGGACAGUACAGUCAGGUGUUCGUCGGAUGAACUCCAGAGGACCAGGACCACGGUUUAAACACACUCUUAUGAAAUAUUUAACAUUUGGUUUAUUUAAUACACUUUAUCACUCAAUCUCUCAAGGGACAGUUAGUGAAAGGACGUCUCAUGAAGUUAUAAAUGCGUUUAGAAAAUUAAGCCUUUAGUACCAUUAGGAUUUUUAGCAUUGUGUACAUAUUAUAGAUUUUAUUAAUUAAUUAAAUUAAUUCAUUAAUCGCACAUUUUCUGUAAUUAAUUAAUUUAUCACACCUUACAGUUACAUUAUUAAUGUAUAUUAUAUUGUAAUCAUUUCACAUUUGAACUCUAAACAACAUAUAGGCCGUUUAUUUAAAAAAAAAAAAAACUUUUUAUGAAAAUUUUAGCCACUCAUUUAUAACUGAAACUACAUUUAUAUAUUUAUUAGGCUUUAAAAAAAUAAAGAACGUUUCAUUUAAUUGAACUUGGAAGUAAUCUUCACGUAAACCCACUGUAAUGAAUGUCAUAUUUACCUGUGCCUUCAAUAUAUCAGGGCUCAAUUCUUUUCUAUUGGCCCAGUUCAGAUUUGUACUUGCCCUGUUAAAAUGCACAAAAAGUUAUUGUUUUAGUUGUUUUCAACUCAUGUAACCUUAUAAACAUAUAGUAGAUCUAACAAUAUGGAUACAUACAGAAAUUGAAUAAAGUUAUCAAACACUU